CCGGGGCUGCAGCCCAGGUGGCCGACGAGGGGCGGGUUUGUGGCACGGAAGGUCGGAGUUAGAGCGGAUCAGGAAAGUGUUUGAGUACGAAAAACCGGGGAGCAUUCUUGAAAUCAUGAAUCCUGUUUAUAGCCCUGGAUCUUCUGGGGUUCCCUAUGCAAAUGCCAAAGGAAUUGGUUAUCCAGCUGGUUUCCCCAUGAGUUACACAGCAGCAGCUCCUGCCUAUUCUCCUAACAUGUACCCUGGAGCAAAUCCUACCUUCCAAACAGGUUACACUCCCGGCACACCUUACAAAGUGUCCUGCUCCCCAACCAGUGGGGCCGUGCCACCGUACUCUUCCUCUCCCAACCCCUACCAGACUGCCGUGUACCCGGUGCGAAGUGCCUACCCCCAGCAGAGCCCAUAUGCACAGCAAGGCACGUACUACACACAGCCACUGUAUGCAGCACCCCCCCACGUCAUCCACCACACUACUGUGGUGCAGCCCAACGGCAUGCCGGCGACAGUGUACCCUGCUCCUAUCCCUCCUCCCAGAGGCAAUGGGGUCACCAUGGGUAUGGUGGCUGGGACCACCAUGGCCAUGUCAGCAGGUACUCUACUGACUGCUCAUUCCCCAACUCCUGUUGCCCCCCACCCAGUCACUGUGCCCACGUACCGGGCCCCAGGAACACCCACCUACAGCUAUGUGCCCCCUCAGUGGUGAUCACCCUGCAAAUGUUUGAGGAUGGAGCUGUGCAGUCACAUCAUUGAGGUUCCACAGCUGGUGCUGCAGGCCUUGUGCCUCCAACCAGGACUUUCUUCUUAAUGCUCUCGACACUUGGCUAAACAUGACUACAUCCCGGCCCAGCAGGUCCCAGCGCCGUUAGUCUCCAACUAAUUCUGUGGGUUGGUCUUAAAGCAAAUCCUGUUUUGUGGACUGCCUGGCAAUUUUUUAGCUAACUGUAAUGAUAAAAAGGGAGUAUUAAUCUAUUCUGAAUCAUAUCUAGUUGAAUGCAUGUUUUAAAAAAAAAAACACAAAAAGCUUGCUCAAUCUACUUGCAGUGACUGAUGCAAAACCAUCAUAUGCAAAAUCCAAAGGAAUGGAACGUAUUUUACAACUUGUAUCGCUAACGCACUGUUGUAAUGUAUGCAGAGUCUCCACGUUGUAAGUGUCACAGUGGACUUCUUCACAGAGCAAUUGAGAUAUCUUAGAUGACCCUUCAGCCUUUGGGGUUGAUGUGUGUUGCCUGUUAGGGGCGUGGAUUUUUAGUUUUCAAUGACCUGUUUUUUGGGCACUGACUGCACUAAGGGGGGGUUGCCAGGAUGGGGGAGAGUAGGGCAACCAGAGCUGUGAGCAUCCCUUUCUCUCCGUUUAGGCUUGGUGGGGUUAGUGGAUGGGGGACAUGCUGAGAGACCAUCAUGAAAGAUUAGAGUUGUAUGGCUGGUGCAGUUAGGGGUGAGGGCUGGUUUCUGUGUCAGCAGAGCAGUUUUCUCUGUCUGAAGUUCCAUUACAAGUCUCUUACAGAGUGCGAUGGUGUUUCAUACAUCUUUAUUGGAAAAGUCCUGUGUAGAACUCAGUUACUUUCCUGGGAGAUGAGCGAAAGAGAAACAGCCAUGCUUGGAGGAAGUAUUGUCCUCUUCAUUUAGCUUAGAAGAUCAUUCCUUUUUUUUUUCCCCUAGGAAAUAUUUGUGUCAGCUAAAAAUACAUAGGCAUUGCUGUUUUUCCCCCUACAAAGAAGGCAAAGAUUUCAGCUGUAUGUUGUGAAGAAAGUUGUGUAUUUAAGAAUGAUUAAAAGGGAACAAAACUUUAUUUAAAAUUCCUCGUGUUUCUCAUAGAGAGGCAGGGCCAUGGAUAUGUCUGAUGAUGUAGAACCGGGUAGCUUCUCCUGGGGUCUUCCACAUGGUGGUCACUUGUCCUCUGAGACUGGCUGGAGAGAGCUUCAAGUGAGGGGCAAGGGUAGGAGGGUCUUGUCUGGAACCCUCUUCUGCUACCUCUACAGCUGGAGGCACUCAGUGCCACGCAAGCAAGGACAACAAAAGGGCCAGGCAGUGUGGCAUAUGCACCUGCCAGGGUUUAUCAUGGAAAAGAGUUUAAAAUCUGAAUUUUGUACAUAAGAAAUCAAGAGGAUUUUUUUUUAGCCUAAAUAUGCCUGACUUGGGUCGAUGGGAAUGUGUGUCCAUCUCAUUUAGGGUCAGAAGGCCGAGGAGAGUAGGACUUGCUCCCUCUCCGUGGUCUGGUGGUGUUGAGCACUGUAGGCUCUAGUUGGGGAUGGAGUUUUGCUCUUCAUUCUCUGGCAGCUGGGUCAGGGCUUGGAUACUGGUAUGGAGGCCGCCAUUAGUGUUCUGCCCUGGUUGCUGGGUGGGACGCCUGACCACUGAGCCUUUGGUAACUUUAUUUUUUAUAGUAAGUACUCUUCUUAAUUUUCUUUUUCACCUCUUAUUUUAUAAGAACUUUAGGAAUAUUUUUGCAUGGAUCAUUGUAAACAGAAGAUUCCUUAUUCCUGAUGUCUAGAAACAUAGAAUGUUUACUGAUAAAUACUUUAAGUUGCUUCAUGAGCACUUAGCCCACGUGUGUGUGUGGAUGUGUGUGUAGUAAACGUUCAUUGCAGGCACAUGGUCUGUGUCCAUUUCACCUCUGUGUUGGUAAUUUCAUCUGAAUGGUGGAUGGUUUGCAGUAGCACAGUAGCAGUAGGUUUGGAGGGUACUAGAAGCUCAACUGUUUGAAUAGAGAAGUCAUUUUUCUAAGCUGAGUGCUAAUAGACUAGGGGGAAUACUCAAUGAUGGUUAGUAGAUACUUACAGAGUCCCACAUCACAAAAAAGAGAAACACACACACACACAUCCUCUUGUAAGCGGGGAGUCAUUCAUGUUCAGAGUUAUUUAGAUGUUUGUUCAGGCUUGCUUGAGAUUUGGCGCACACAGGGUAUGAGUGUUUUCAAGAGAGAGAACAGGGCACCACGACCCCAUGUACAUCAGCUUCAUAAAAACUUUUCUUCCUCCCUAUUACCUUUUUUCCCUUUUGUGAAGCUGAAUUAAGAGACUUUAUGAAAUACUUUUGCAUUGUAUAUCUGUGCAGAAUCUUUCCACUUUUGAUACGGUCAGGGCAUCAAAUAUCAAAUAUUAUCUAUCAGGUAAGGAUCUGGACUUAUGAAUAGUAACAAAACUGUCACAGGUUGCAAUCAGGAUUUGGUUCUAGUACAGUUAAUUAUGGGAAAGAACUUGGGUCAGAAUUCUGUUAGAAAGCUUCAUAACUUGGGUACCACAAGCAUAUUGUAGAACAUCCUGAGAAAUUCUGUGUGAGACAUUACUAAUUUGAGUCCUUCAGCUGAAUUGUUUUAGAAGUUGACAUAGGCAAGCCAGGGCACCUCAUUCCUGCAAACAUAAACAUCAUUAUAGAUAUCUUUUAAGAAUUUUUGUUUUACACCUUCUCUCCUGAGGCUUGGCUGUGUGUUCCGUCAGCUGUAAUGCUGUUUCUCAGCUCACGGAUAUCUUGUCUGAAUCUGGGCUAGUGUUUAGUGUCAAGGGACUGGCCUUGUGAGCUCACUGCCUCUGAGAAAUGAGGCUACCCUCAGGGCUGGGGUCAAGGACAACCAAGGUAAUAGGCAGGGAGGUACUGCUAGAACCUUCAGCAUCUUCUUUUAAGAAUAUUCUUCUUGUGGUUCUCAUAGGCCUACCAGUUGCUGUUUGGGGCAACUGUUUCUUGAGUGCUAUGCAAAUGAUGCAGUAUUUACAGGAUACACAAGGCGGGUCCUGAGCCUUGCACUGGGCUCCUGGUCAGUGAGUGUCUGUCCCUUCCCCAGCCAGGCAUACAGUGUCUUGGUCUAUCUGGUGGCAUCAUCUGGCUGUGAUGAAUGAGGUCUAGGAAGUAAUUUGCAUGAGUCUUUGGGGGUCACAUCAAAAAUAAAUUCUUGAGGCAAUUUGGAAUGUGCUAACAUCUGGGAGUGCUGUUUCCACAUAAGAUGUCUAUGAGUGUGCUAGUGGUGGUAAGAGGCAGGAAUGCAGCAGCCAUGUAAAUACUGGGGUCUGCUUUAAAAAGGAGAUCCAGACUACUUCACCUGUCCUUUUUAAACAUUUGAAAACAGUAUUAUUCUGACCAGUUAGGCUACCUUCACCUCAUUUGGCAAUUGACAGUAUUUGCCAGCCUGGGCAUUGCCUGGACAGGAUGAGAUCUCCAGUGUGGGUACAGCCUGAGGUGGGUGGCAGUGACUGGUCCUUCUCUCUGGUGCUUUCUAAGUGGUGGGGUGUCUCUAAAGGGAGUGUGGGUGGCUCGGGGAGGGCAGAGUUGAGCUCUCUUCUAGCAUCUCUCACAUGUUGUGUUUUCUACAGGCUGCUUAUUCCUCAGCUUGAGCUUUCUGGGGUAGGUGACCUGCUCAUGGGGGUGUGCGGUCAUUUUGGAUACAAACUGCAAGGCUGAUUUCACGUGCGUUCCAGAGGAUGCGUGUGUUUCCUCACUCCCCGUUCAUUUGAAGAGCAGGGACCUGUGGGGAUAACCUGGAUUUAUAAAGCCAACGGGACUACAGUUGAAUUUUAGGGACCAGGAGGAAUGGCUUCUCUGUCCAAAGAGCCCUGGUGGCCUUCAGGAGGGAUGGUUCGGUCCCAGGACAGUGUCUCUCCUCACUGAGGGGCUAUGCCCACUGGUCUUUGUGCAGACUGUGGCAGGGGAAAUACCACCUGGGCCAGAUCUGAGACCAGCUAUUUGUGCUACUGGCAGGGUUGCUGUGGUGGUCACUUGGAAAGGCCCCAAGGAGCCUCAUGGGUGGAAUAGAAAAUGAUUCCUUUUUUUUUUUUUUUUUUUUUUUAAUGAUUUUUAAAUACUGUUUUCUACACCAUUCUCUUGGUACAUUUUUUAAGCUAAGUCACAUUGUCUUCCAGUGUUAAAAGGCAUCUCUCACCUCUGCAUUGAACUUGGGUAUCAAUACCAAGGAAUGGAACAUCCAUCCUGAGCCAGUUCAAUUAGGUGUAAAUUCAUACUACUUUAAUUUUUUAUGCAAUCUGAUCAGUAGAUGAGCUCAGAUUUAAAAUUCUCAAAGCACGUUUAUUGUAACAAAGAUUGUUAUGUAUUAAUACUGCAGUUUUCAAUAAAGAUUGACUUGUGUUGCA